AUGGAGUUAGCCGUCGCAGGCGCCAUCCUCUUUAAUGGCGCGACGGAGGCGGAGCUCAUGGUGUCGCCGAAUAACGCCGUCAUCGCCUCCAGCCCAGCGGUCGCACACGACGCCCACGUCGCCCUCGAGCGCGAGGGGUGCCCCAUCAAGGUCGCCAACGCCUCCGUCGACUUAGGCGUCGACACCGUCGGGGCGCGCAGGAGGGCGGCAACGAAGGCCACCGAGAGGGCGCUGAAGGCGAAGCGGAGGACAGGCCGCAUCAUGGCCGAGAUCCGCAGGCGCGCCUCGCUCGCCAAGAUCGCGACGGGCCACUGGACUUCAGGUUCUAGACUGCAGGGGACCUACGGCCACCAGGUCAUGGGCCCCUCCCCGAGCGCCAUCACCCAGCAGCGGCUCCAAGCCACCCAGGCGAUUGCGGGCAAGGUUCCCGGCAGAUGCCUCGCCACCGCGCUCGCCAUGCUCCUCGGCCACAAGGGCCCUGGCAUCGAGCUCCGCAAGCAAACCGCCCUGGAGUGGCUCUUCGCCCGGUUCGCCAACCCGAACCACCGCGAGCGCAUCGCCCACGCCUGGCGGCUCAUCUUCGCAAAAACCACCGGCUCCGGCAACAAGCGCUGGCGCAAAAUGGUCGGCCCCAUCUCUGCCGUCCAUGCCAUCCUCGUGGACGCAGGGUGGGACUGCCCGACGUCCUGCGAAUGGUCCCGCCAGCCUCGCGAAGCUGGGCUGGCAGAGCAGACGCGGCUCCUGCACCGCAAGAACUGCGGCGGCUGGGAGCAGCGCCGCGAAGAGAUCGACCCGUCGCAGCUGGCCCUGGAGCUCUGCCAGACCAUCGAGACUGGCUAUUGGAAAGACGCCGCGAAGCACCUCGAUGGCGAAGGCCUCAAGCGAGGCGGAGCUGGCGUUUACGCCGUCACCAGCGGAAUGAACAGGGUAGGGGCCGCCGUGAUCGCCAUGAAGAGCCACUACGGGGAGUGG